UGAAGGUACAGUAAGACAAUGGAUGAGAAAGAAAAAAGGACCCUAAAGGAGCAUAAGUCAGUUAUUGCUCAGACAGUGGUAGAAGCACAAAUGACAGGACAUGUCAUCUACGAGCUUAAAGUGGAGGGUGUCUUGACCCCAGAGAUGGCCGAGAGGUUCCAGAAUCUUGAAAACACCAAAACUAUGAAGAUUAGAUGCUUAUUGGAUUAUCUUACGACACGUGGAGAUGGAACGUUUAAAACCCUUAUGAAAGUGUUAAUGAAGUUGGAUCUGGGUGAACUGGUAGCGGUACUUGAUCCAGUGAGCUAUGAGGAGUACAACGGUAGUCUCAGUGGAGAUUGUGAUGUAUUAGACGAUCUGCAACGUUUGCCACACUUACAUAUUGGACGGCCAGGUCAGCUGCCUUCACUUCCUUGUCCUCCAGCCAGAACACUGGAGAUGCCAGAUUAUGAUGGUACCAUGAAUAGUAACCCAGAAGAACCAUUGAAAAUAAGAGUGAUUCCUUAUCAGGAAGCUGGUGGCCUACAUUUGGAUCCAUCAUCA